AUGUCUGACAUAGGAGGUUCGCAACUGACGGUACAGCAGCUAAGGGUUCUUGGAAAUGAAAAGUUCCGUGCCCUGAACUACGGUGCAGCCCUAAUGCACUACACGCAGGCUAUCGAUCAGGAUCCAAGCAGUUUUGCUAUCUACUACAACAGAGCCAUAACGCUAGUGAAAAUGGACGCUAUGAAGGAGGCUAAGGAGGAUCUUCUGAGAUCGCUUGAGAUCAAUCCAGAAUAUAUACCAAGUUUGUGCCAAUUGGGAUUCAUUUAUCUUUAUGAAGGGAACACCCCUGAUUCUCUGGAGACCUAUGUGAAAGUGGUCAAACUCAACCAGGAACUACCCCACCAACUCAACCGUUUCAAGGCGCAGUUGAAAGAGGCAAUGAGGUUGGCCGAGUCGAGAUGCAAACAGCAGGAAUACCCACAAGAUUUCAUAGAUUCAAUAAUCACACCAGAUAUUAGAGAGAGUCUCGAUUCAUACCCGAAUCUACCGACCCACAUGAUUGAAUCGGGCAUACCUCCUGUUGCGUUUGGAAAUGUUCCAAUAUCCCAUCAGUUUGAGAAUGCUUCUGCUGUGAUUGCGAGAGCAAGCAUUCCUAUACCCGUGACGGGAAUUCGUGCGGCGACUACUACAGCUACUAAUAACAGCAACAAUGCCACCACCGCUAACGAUGCCACCAUCAGUGGCAAUGCAAACAACAAUACUGCCAAUGAAAAUAUCGCCAAUGUACUGAAUAUUCCUGGAUUGCUGAAUGCGCUCAAUACACCGGGCGUCAGUGCCUCUGUCAGUAUUGGUGGCCCCCAAAGCUCCGAGGAGCUAAUGAAUGCUUUGGGUAACUUUACAAACACACAACUCAGCACAGAGGCUCCUACUGGCAAUAACCCAGUUACUGGUGCAUCCAGUGGGCCUUCAACACCGAACUUGAGCACGAGCGCUAGUGCUACAACAAGCACUACUCCAACUAUCAUCCAUGCUCCUGUUUCACGUACAACUUCUGGUCUGCCAACCGAGGUACUACAGAGACAUAGAGAGGCUCAUCAGGCCGCAUUAAACAGAGCCGCUGAAUUGAGGCGUCAAAGAGAACAGUACCUGGGAAGCUCUACCACAGAACAGACUCCGGCUGAAAACCUUGCGACAGACUCAAAUGUUGAUUCGAAUGUCAACAGCAAUGACAAUAUAAGCGCUACGAACAGCACCAACUCUACCGCUACAGCAACGACAGGUUCUGACUUUGCUCGCCAAUUUGCAAGCACUAUUGCUUCACAACUCACCAAUGCCGCCGUGCAAAAUGCAUCACAAAGUGGUACCAGUGCUACACCUAACUCUGGUGCAAUUCAAAGUCUGGCGCAAAACCUAACAAGUAUUGCCUCCGGUGUUCUGGGUAGCUUAUCGAGUGGAAACAAUUUUGUCAGCAUGGUGAGUAAUGGCAAUGGCAGUGGCAAUGGCAGUGGCAGCAGGAACAGUAGUGGCAAUAACGGGUCUUCGAGUGAAAGUCCGUUGGAUGCAGAUCUAGACAUGGAUUUGGACUGA